CUCCGAAUUAUUACAGUUUACCUUUCUCCGACUUUCAACCACGAAACGCCGUCAAUAUAUAUCAACGCCUUCAAUGAAUUACUCCGGCACCACCUCGAGCGAUGGGACAUCCAAUUCCAGCAGCGGCGGCAGCGAUUACGCACUCGUUGAAGCGGCGGAGCUCACCAGAUUUGGCAACUUUGUGUCGGAGAAUGCGAUCAUCGUUUUCGGCCGCCGCGGUUGCUGCAUGAGCUAUGUUGUUCGGCAGUUGCUCUUAGGCCUCGGCGCUAACCCCACCAUUUACGACGUCGAUGAGGAGGAGGAGGUCGCCGUCACCUACCAGCUUUCCCGGUUUAUCAGCUGCACUGAAGAUUACACCGCCCAGCUGCCGCCGCCGCUUCCUGCAGUUUUCAUCGGCGGGAAGUUUUUUGGUGGGUUGGACAACGUUAUGGCCACUCACAUCAACGGCGAUCUGGUGCCGUUGCUGAUAAAAGCCGGUGCCCUCUGGCUUUGACUUUUACUCCGUGUUUCUUUUUCAUUUUCUUCCUUUAGUUUUGUAAAGGUCCCUUGAAUUAAUACGUAGUAAUAAACAAAAGAAAAAAUGUAACCUUGUAUGUAUUGAACUUGUUAUAAUCAUCUUCGAUCCUUAUAAAAAACCCUCAAAUAAUUUGCAGGUGUACAUUAAUGAUUAAUCAUCAAUGCAACUUUAGCAGUUUAG